AUCCUCUUCAGUCUCUUCGACCACUUCGGCCCAACAUGGCUAAGCAGGUUGUUCUCGCUCUAUGUGGCAUCUACAUCGCUUUAUCUGUCUUUUCGUCAUGUUAUUGCAAUCUUCAAGGACAACCAGAAUUGACCAAAUUCCAACGAGAUCACAGUCUGAAUAACUCUAUUUCUGAUUUGAUUUUUCUUGUCGAUGUAUCUGGGAGUUUACGUUACUUUUCUUAUAUGAAUGGGAGAUAUACUAUCAAGAAUGGUUUUGACGACGAGAAAGUCUUCGUGAAGUCUUUGUUAAGUACUAUUCGCGUGAGUCUUCCGACUACACGUGUGUCCGUCAUUCUUUUCAGCAGUAGUGCUUCCAUCAACAUCAAUUAUAUCAGCUAUCCCAACCCUAAUAACCAUAAGUGCAACUUUCAAAAGUCCUUCAACAAUCUUCCAUUUCUCAAUGGAAUGACUAACAUGAACCAAGCCUUUGCACAGGCCAAGAGGAUGAUUUUUGGUGACCUGAGUGGUAACAAGAGGCCUACGAAGCAGGCCAAGACAGCCGUGUUCCUGUUGACUGAUGGCAACUGGAAUGUCGGAGGAAGCCCUUAUGCUGCAGCAAAGAACCUACGUGAUGAUGGGAUAGAGGUGUUUGCUAUUGGUGUCACUAGAGGUGUGGAUUUUGGAGUGCUCAGGCAGAUUGCGUCUCCCGGACGGGCCUUUAGGUACAGCAACUUUAAACAGUUCAGAGAGCUCGCUUAUUACUUGAGAGGAGAUCCCUACGAUUCAGACUGGCUAGCUGUUCAACCCAAGAGUAUCUGUGGAUCAUGUGACUCGUCUGCAGGCUGCGCAUGCGGACUGUUGACUGGCGAGUACAAAUGUGCCUGUCAAAAGGGUUACUAUGGUAGCGGGUACAUUGGAGACUGCCACCCUUGUCCCGUAUCUACGUACAAAUCCUUUGAUGGUUUUGCCAAACUUUGCACUCCUUGUCCUGACAACUCUGCUCAUUCUCGCACGGCUAGCUACAGUAAAAGUGAUUGUAAAUGCAAAACAGGAUUUGAAAGAAAGGCUGGAGUGGAGAAGGACGGGCCAUGUUCUGUCAAGCAAUGUGACGCGUUUAAGGUCCCACCACACGGCCAAAUACGAGGUGGAAAAUGUAACGUUGAUUACCUGUCUUCCUGUGAGCUGGUCUGCCAGGAAGGAUUCGAGCUGGAUAGGCCAGGAACAAGAACAUGCAUACUGAAUGACCAGGGACAUGCCGUAUGGAGUGGAAUAGAACCAAGAUGCAGAGCGAUUGUUUGUCCACCGCUAAAAGUCYCCCACGCCGACCCUGAGGGGGGUACAUGUGUCCCUCGUGACUGGACAUACAAAAGCAAAUGCACUUUUAAAUGUGACGCUGGAUACAUCUUGAAGGGUAGCAGUGUAAGACAGUGUGAACUAGACAAAACAUGGACUGGCGAGGACACCGUGUGUCAAGAGAUUCGUUGUCCAAAGCUGAAUUCCAUCCCUCUAACACAAGUCAGUCCAGCUGAGUGCAUCCAGACAGACAUAUCAGCCUUCAAACAGUGCUCUUUUACCUGUCCUAAGGGGUAUGCUAUGAACGGGACAAGCGAACGAAGCCUAACACGGACUUGUGAAACUAGUGGCCUGUGGGACAAACCGUAUCAUACUUGUGUAGAUGUGUAUCAGCCUUCUAUUACCUGCCCUCGUAACAUCUUAGCCACUACUCUCCCUCGCCAGCCAUAUGUCAUCGUGGGCUGGGAGGAGCCCAUAGCUGACGAUAACUCCAUAGGGGUAGAUCCUCUGGCUGAAUUAACGGUUACCUCGAAUUUCAAAUCGACUGAUAAAUUUGAAAUUGGCAAGCAUAAGGUUAUCUAUGUUGUUCGGGACGGCGCGAAUCUUUCAAAGCAAUGCUUCUUUUACGUCGAAGUACAAGAUAAGGAAGCACCGGAAGUGACGUCAUGCCCCGAAGACCAAACCCAUGAAUUAGUGGGAGCGAGUAGUAUGAGAGUGAGGUGGAAUACACCUUCCUUUAAAGACAACUCUGGAAUACCGCCUGCCGUAAAGAGUUCUAUUGGGAUGGGCUCUAUCUUGGAUGUUGGAGAACAUAUAGUGACUUAUUAUGCCACCGACAAGGCUGGGAAUACCAACUCRUCGUGUCAAUUUAAGAUCCAUAUCAAAGCCAAGACAUGCCCAGUUACCAAGCCCCCCAGGAAUGGCGCGCUGGCCUGUAACGCCUAUGGCAAUGCUAACAGCUUGUGUCAAGUCAGCUGUAAUAACAACUAUGACUUUGCUUAUCCACCGGGAAGUACAUAUCUUUGUUCUAAUGGCAACUGGCAAGCAUUUCCUUUUGGUACACCAUUCCCUUGGCCUGACUGUUCAGUCCGAUACGAUCCAAGUCAAGCUAAAGUUCAAUUUCUGCCACAGUUUUACUACUAUGAAGGAAACUGUAACGACGCAGAAGCCCAAGCGCAAAUCAAGAGCAACUUUAUGAAUAUUCUACGAACGGGAAUGGUGGCAAAUUUCGGGCAUGCUUGCGCAGACCAAGCGAUUUGCAAAGCUGAUAACAUCAAUGUAUUCUGUGGUGAAACUGACAAGAGUAAGAGGAGAAGGAGAGCCGUUGUUAAAGAAGUUUAUAUCCAGGUCAAUUUUGUCGCCAGAGAAAAGCAAUCAGCUCCAAAGACACUAGCACAACUCAAAUCAACCAUGGAGACGCGAGCACGACCAGUUUUGGACACCGAAGCAAAGAAAACUAAUUGGAAGCCACUAAGAUCAAGCACUGGGCUGGAAUUCCGAAGUUACAGCUUAUCACACGCAGACGCUUAUUGCUCUGAUAAAGGCGCUGUUCUAGGGAAAUGUGAUUCAUAUGAAACAGGGUGUGACGGGAAGAAUAAGCUACAACCCAGAUGCUCUUGUAACUCCAAAGUGGGCAAAAUUGAAAAAUGCAUUCGAUGCCCCGCAGGAACCUUCUACGAUCUACUCCACGAGAAAUGUAUCAACUGUAAACCCGGUACGUUCCAAAACGAAGAGGGCAGAUUCCACUGUAACGACUGCCCCGAAGGAACCUGGACUGUCGGACAAGAAGCAAAGAAUUUCACAUCUUGUAGAGAGAAGUGCAAGCCAGGUUAUUUUUCUUACAAUGGACUCGCCAAGUGCUUCCUGUGUCCUCGUGGUACGUAUUCUUCUGGCUUCAUGAACAAACAGUGCACAACAUGCCCGCAAGGAACAACCACAGUGUUGGCCGCCGCCGCCAGCCGGAAGGACUGCGGUAUGAAAUGCGCCCCCGGUACCUUUUCAGCCAGCGGUGUUGAGCCAUGCCAGCCAUGCGCAAAGGGUAGUUACCAGGAUGCUAUUGGCUCAUUGUCAUGUAAAGAGUGUGAGGGAACUCACUCGACGUACGGUCCUGGUGCGGAUUCAAAGGCAAUGUGUAUAGAUAUUGAUGAGUGUGCGUCCAAUCCAUGUAAUAAUGGCGGAAGAUGUGUGGACGAGAAAGAUGGCUUCAGAUGUGAAUGUGCUGCUGGGUUCACGGGAAAACAGUGUAAAGUAGAGAAAGACGAGUGUCUGUCUGACCCGUGCUACCAAGGGUCUACCUGUGUAGACAAGGUCGAUGGAUACGAGUGCGUCUGUUCCCAUGGUUACACCGGAAAGAACUGUGACGUARCUGUUGGUCUUUGCAGCACGAAUCCAUGCCGGAACGGUGGCACGUGCGUGGCACAGCCUCCCAAGGAGGUCUGCAAAUGCUCUAAUGGCUAUGGCGGGGAAUUCUGCGAAAUGAAAAUUGACUUGUGUGCCUCGUCCCGAUGCCUCAACAAAGGACUAUGUAGAAACGUAGGAGACUCGUUUCAGUGCACGUGUAGGCCUGGUUAUACAGGUGAUCAGUGUGAACGAAAGGUCGACGAAUGCGCGAGCAAUCCGUGUCAGAAUGGCGGGAGUUGUCUUGAUGAUGUUGAUGGAUAUCGCUGUGCGUGUCGAGAUGGAUUCACUGGCUCAAGGUGUGAGAAAAACACUGUCAACUGUUAUCCCAACCCAUGUCAAAACAAUGGCGCAUGCGUAGAGAAGAUCAAUGGCUACGAAUGCCUCUGUAGACCUAACUUUGCUGGGAAAACAUGUCAAACAAAAGUUUCCACGGACUAUGACGUCACGUUCCCGCUUCGUGUAGCUACGUCAUCAUCAUCAGUAACCAAUAUCCCGGACCUACGAGCUUUUACCAUCGCGUUCUGGCUACGAACCACAGAUUUAUCAAACCCAGGCACGCCACUCUCAUACGCGACCACCGACCAAGGGAAGGUUGUGGAUAACGCUUUAGUGUUACAGGACUACGGAGCGUUUGUUCUUCAUGUCAACAACGAGAAGCAGUUCAUUGGUGUGUCGGCCAAUGAUGGGAGCUGGCAUCACGUGGCUGUCACGUGGCGAAGUUCUGAUGGACUGUGGGUUUUCUACUUGGAUGGUAGUGAAGUGAAAAGAUCCAUUGGUUUCCAAGCUAACGCUGUCAUCAAGGGCGGAGGUGUCAUGGUGCUAGGCCAAGAACAAGAUAACCUGGGCGAUGGCUUCACUCCAGAGGAAGCGUUCUUCGGUGACAUUAGCCAAAURAAUGUAUGGGAUCGGGCGUUGUCAGCAAAUGACGUGGCCAAUCUUGUAUACAACUGCCAGGCCUCUGAAGGCAACGUGAAGGCCUGGGGCGACUUUUUGUCUGGACUUCAGGGGGUCUACGUAAAAACGAGCAGAUCACAUGCCUGUGAUUUUAACAGCAAACUCCGUAGUUACCAGUUCACUCACGACUCACGGUAUCCAGCUCAAGACCACAAAACUCUCCUCAGUAAGACCGCUGAACAGUGUGCGCAGGCCUGUGAAUCCGAGACAGGCUUCCCAUGCCGAUCGUUUGACUAUGACCGAGCUAAUAAAAGAUGCUAUCUCAGUAGAGCUGUAGCCGAAGGGAGCAGUGCCUUAGUGAUGGCUAAGGGCUUUGAUUUCUAUCAAACAGAUUGCCUCGGCUCCCUUGGAAUUGAGGCUAAAGCUAUCCCAGACUCUUCUUUGACUGCCUCUUCCUCUCUUGACUCCACUUCCGGUGCAAAAGAAGGUCGUCUACAGAAUCCACGGGUAUCUGGUAUAACCGGGAUGUCCAAUAGUAGAGGGGGAUGGAGCCCAAGUGCUAACAACAAUCAACAGUAUUUACAGAUUGAUCUUGGGCGACCGUACAAGAUAUCAGGCGUGGCUACCCAAGGAGCAGACGGUUCAUCUGAAUGGGUGACGUCAUACAAGCUCGAGUACAGCAGUGAUGGAUCUCAGUGGCACUAUUAUACCAGUACACUAACCGGCAAUAGUGACGACAGCACGGUUGUUCUCCAUCAACUUCACAUUUUCCCAGCUCGUUACAUUCGCUUCAGACCACAGGCAUGGCACGGUCGUAUCGCACWUCGUGUAGACGUCCAUGGAUGUGAAAUAGGUUCCUCUCCAUCAUUCAUGAAAGCACCAGCGCCAUUGGAUAUCAGUGUUCGUAGCGAGGGUUGUGAGGAUUUGAAUAAACUGAAUGGAGGGUGUGGUCAUGCGUAUAUCAAGGUUAAUGGCAAAGAACAUUCUCUCAAGAAACGAGGAUUCAACAUUGUAGUACUGAAUGGAGAAACUGGUCAGUUGUUGAGCUCUCGUUCCUUUGAUACCCAUGGUAGCAACUCCCAAACCAAUAAUGCUAUUAAUUUCCUUAGUAGCUUCGCCGGAAAUGAAAUAGUCUUGGUGGCGAUCCAAGACGAGGGUUGGACCCAAGGAAAGGCGCUCACUCCUCAGCUGAUAAGACUGGGCGCUAGUAGUCCUAUCCUUACGGAGUACAGAGGAUCCCUAGCGCUGAUUGGCUACGCAGGAGCCACUAAGCCAGCUUGGAUUGCGCAUGUGCAGAAAGGUCGAAAGAAAGGACCGAGUAUCGCGACUGCUAAGAUUCCUUUGAAGCCUGUCCUCGGUUCAGCAUCUUCAGAAUGUUCUGCAAACCCUUGUGUCAACAGAGGCACUUGUGUCCAGCUCUUCUACGGUUACCGCUGUCUCUGUGUUGACGGUUACCAAGGAAACAACUGUCAAAUAGAGGCGCCCUGUAGUGACCCAGGAACCCCGCCCAACGGACAACGAACCCCUAUUACGUCAUUCAAUCACGGUAGCGUAGUCAACGUGUACUGUAACCAAGGUUACCAACUAAGAGGCUCCAAGACCAGGACGUGUACCAGAGGACAGUGGAUUGGAACUGCACCAACAUGUAUAGAUAUCGAUGAAUGCGACAACGGUGUUUGUGGUCAGCUGUGUACUAAUACUGAUGGAAGUUACAAGUGCGCAUGUCAGAUCGGAUACCAACUCAACAGUGAUGGCAAAAAAUGUGAUGACAUAGACGAGUGUGCGCUAGGAGUAUGCAGCCACAAGUGCUACAAUAAACCUGGCAGUGUCGUGUGCAGCUGUCCCGCAGGAAUGACGCUAACCAGUGGUGAACGCACAUGCAAAGACGCGGAUGAAUGUAGUGUCGGUAAUCACGGCUGUGAACAUGAAUGCGUUAACAAGUUCCUUAAUGGAGCCUGUUACUGUAGAGGAGGAUAUACCUUGGAAUCUGACAAGAAGAAAUGCGCAGAAUUACGUUGUCCUUCAACGACGGCACCUGUUAAUGGUCAGCAGCGUAUCCAAGGUGACGGUAUCCUUGGUAACAUGAURUCUAUUACUUGUAAUGCGGGCUACAAACUUGUUGGGGUCGUUACAAGGACGUGCCGGGCUAAUGGAAAGUGGUCUGGGGCAGAGCCUCGUUGUGAAGCUGUUCGUUGUGCUGCUGUUGGAACGAUCAAGAAUGGAGUGGUUCAUCUAACCGCUGGCCAGUCCUACAAUAGCAUUGCCUCGUUUUCCUGUAASGCUGGCUAUGAUCUGGUUGGCAUGGCAACAAGGAAAUGUCAACARGAUGGCCGGUGGGGUGGAGAACAGCCGAGAUGUGUUCGUGCUGACUGUCCGAAGCUUUCAGCUCCCGCGCAUGGCGCGAUUGCAGGAAUCCGCCGUGAGAUCRGCAGUACCGUACGCGUGUCAUGUGACAAGGGAUAUCGCGUUACACCUGAUAAUGCAGCCUUCAGGACCUGCGGGUCUGACAAGAGGUGGACUGGGUCCGAUCCUACUUGCCAAAUCAUCGACUGUGGUAAUCCUGGUACACCGUGGCACGGCUAUCUAGACGGGUCUGUCUUCACGUAUGAUGCAGUUGUUUCGUACCGUUGUCGUCCCAAGCAUUUCCUUGAGGGUGACAGACAGAGAAAAUGUGGUGCUGAUGGCAAAUGGACUGGAUCUACUCCAAGAUGCUUGGAAAACUCAUGCGGGAACCCAGGAACCCCGAUCAACGGAAUCAAGACUGGAAGUAACCCUAGCCACGGCGCUACAGUCAAGUUUACCUGUAACAAAGGAUAUGAUAUACACGGGUCUGCAUCAAGAACUUGUCAGAUGAGUGGUCAAUGGGACGGAACACAACCUACUUGCACAAUCAAGAACUGCGGCGAUCCAGGUACACCAGCAAACGGCCUUAAGAUUGGUACCGAGUUCACGUAUGGCAAAGAUGUGUGGUUUGAUUGUAACCCAGGCUUCAAGCURCAAGGCUCGAGUCAGAGAGUCUGCGAGGCGACUGGUGCCUGGUCUGGAACCCAGGCUACCUGCGUUGCAUCAAAUUGUGGAAGCAUUGUUCACGGUCCUUCAGGAACGAUUCAGUCUACCAACUUCCCUAACAACUACCCUAACAACGAAUACUGCACGUGGGAAAUCCGUGUUCCUCAGGGAAAAAAAGUACAAAUUGACUUCCAAGAAUUCCGCACAGAAGAAGGCAAGGAUAAAUUGUUCAUAUAUGACACGGGAAUGGCGACGCCGAUGAUAGUGUUCAGCGGUAUCAAGGACAAACCACGUGCACUGACGUCAUCUGGGAAUUCGUUACGGGUCAGGUUUGUUUCUGAUGGAGCGAAUGUGAACAACGGAUUCAAGUUGUCGUACAAGCAGACAGAUUGCGGAGGUAUGUUCACGUCUCAGUCAGGUGAAAUACGCUCACCCGGUUUUCCUAACGGCUACCCGGCAUCCCACAGUUGCACAUGGCUUCUGCGCAUGCUCAAYACCAAAAUCGCUCUAAGAAUUCCAGAAUUCAGCACCGAAAAUGCCUACGAUCGACUCGAGGUCGCUCACGGACCUUGGGUGACCGCGCCUCUGGAAAUAUCGUGGUCCGGUCCCAGUCCUCUCGCUGGUGACGUCAUCACGCAGAAUUUCAUGUGGAUUCACUUUUACAGUAAUUCGAAGGAUGACCGUUUCUAUAAAGGCUUCAGAGCGACGUUCAAGCCUUACAAUCCGUACGAAAAACGCAAGUGAAAAUAAAUGGUUCAAAAUAGUUUAGUUACUUGUUAAUUGGUUUAAGGAAUAAAUGAGUAAAUUUGUAUGUUAA